GACUAUCAUUUUGUUAUGGUACACAGUAUAGUAAUCGAGUGAUUCAGACUGAGCAAGCUGAUACAAGUCAACGCAAAAUAAAUACAUUCCUAGGUCAUAUAUCUGUCAAAAGCAAUUCCUGCUAGUUCAGUGAGUUAGGCGACAAGAUUGGAGAUACAGCGGAGACUCAUCGAGAGGUUCGAAUCCAACCAGAAGUUAUCAUGGAUGACUACAAGUACACGGUAAUAGAAAAAGUUAGACAGAUGCCUCUGCUGUGGGAUCCAGAACAUUUUGAUUAUAAAAACAAGGAUCAACGACAGCUAGCAUGGGACAAGCUUGAAAGUGAUAUGAAGCCGCCCAAUAAAGGGGUGACAGUGAAACAAACUUGGGAAGGCUUGAACCGUGCUUUCAACAGUGCCAUGAGUCGACGAAAAAAGAAGACAUCCGGUAGCGGCCAAGGCAACGAUAAGCCAUGGAAAUUCGAAACAUCAAUGGGUUUUUUGAAAGCUGUCAAAGAGAGAAGGAGCACUAUAUCCAAUCUGGAGGAGAUUGACGAUUCUGAUAGUGAUGAGAAUUGGAGUAGAGUGGUAUUGGAACAGGCCAUAGAUAAAUCGGGCAUUUAUGACGUCCAUGAUGAUGACAACGACGAGGACAACAUGGCUCCAUCAACGUCAUUCAGACCCAUUCCUCAUAAACCCAAUUCAAAGAGGAAGGCAACUGAUGAUGUGUAUGACGACACCCAAGCUGGAUUGUACAAAGUUAUGACCCAAUGUCUGGAAGAAAAACAAACAUCCCCUCGACUCAAGUUCUUUGAGUCUAUUAUGCCACAGGUUGAUGAAAUGACAGAUGAUUGUUUUUUAGACUUCCAGAUAGAAGUUCUGAACUCUCUCAAACGUUUCCGAUAUGAUCCUGGCCCCGAUUGCUUAAACUACAGUCAGCCAAUGACCCCAGCAACAUGAUUAAUGUCAUCGUCAGAUUUUUAUUACAAGAAAACUAUUUAAAAAAACUGACCCAACUCCACAGGGGAUCAUUUUGGGCAAAUCAGUUAAAACUGAUUUAAUUAAAUUUGUUUAAUUAUAUUAUAUCUGAUCAUGAUAUAAAGCACUGUAUCAGAAUAUCAGUCUGUAUAUGUUGUUCUUGUUUUUCUUUUUUUGUUAACCGUCAAGUUUCAGUUAAUUGGAGGAAGUCAAUUUGUCUCGCCUGCAUAGCAGAGCUAGACUAUAGGUGCAAAAGCGGCGGCAGCGUCAACAUUGCAAUCUUAACCUAAGGUUAAGUUUUAAAAUGUCAUCAUAACUUAGAAAAUAUAUGGACUACAUGUAGUUCAUGAAACUUGGACAUAAGGGUAAUCAAGUAUUACCGGACAGCUCAGUCGGUAGAGCGGGGGUUUCGGAUUCCGGUGACCCGGGUUCGAUUCCCAAGUGGUGCGCUAGUGCCCUUUGGUAAGGCAUUUAUCCUCAUUACCAGGUCCCUCGGAGAGGACCUUAAGCCAUUGGUCCACUGGUUGCUUGCUCACAGGCAUUCAUGCUUUUUUAGCAGUCAGGUAAAAAAAACCUCGGUAUAUAAGUUUCAGGUCACGUGACCAAGGUCAAUGGUCAUUGAAGGUCAAUGAACUUUUUGCCAUAUUGGGGGUAUUUUUGGGGAUUGCCAUUAUAACUGAAAGUUUAUGGAUCCAGUUCAUGAAACUUAUCAAAAGAGUAAUCAAUUCUCACUAAACGCCCUGUGCGAGUUUCAGGUCACAUGACCAAGGUCAAAGCUCAAUGAACUUUGGCCAAGUUCGGAGUAUUUGUUAGAUUACCAUCAUAACUUAAAAAGUUUACGGAUCUGGGGCGGUAUUCUAUUUCUGAGGUCAUUUUAUCUUUAAAAUAUUUUAUUUUAUCUCUUAAAAUGAAAUUGGUAUUCUGAGAUGACAUUUUAUCUCUCAGAUAAAAUUAAAAUUUUUAUCUUGGGUAUGAAUUUUAUCUUGCGUAUCUUUGAUACGCAACAGAGCAGUGGCUGCGUAGACAUACCCAUCGCGUAUCUUGCCAUUGCAACGCGGGUGAUGUGCUUGCGCCUAAGUUACUUUGAAGAAAAAAUAUAAUAAACUUAAAAGAGGGUAGGGGCUAUUUUAUCUCCGCGACAUUGAUUUCGUCAAUAUUUCUAGGUGAAUUAACUCCAAAUGUUGACAUGAAAAUGAAGAAAAAUUAUAUAUUCAUUGAGAACAACACCUUAAAGGUAUUGUUUAACUUUGUGAGCAGCCGAUUUAAAAAAUUCUCAAACCAAGAUGAAACAUGUGUACAAGUGCAUGUAUUAGAACUAAUAAACCGUGAAAACAACCAUUAUUGAGAAUGAAAAGCUAAAACUACAAGGCAAACCCCGAUUUUGUAAAUAGGCGUCUUAUAGACGCCUAAAUAGUACACAUAAGUGUAUGGGAUGAAAUUAAGAUGGUGUUUUCGGUCACUUUAUAUUUCAAUUUUUGAAGCACUAAAUAAUUAUUUUCGAACGCAAUUUUUUCUGGGCUUCAUUUUUGUAACAUAUCACAGACACAGGUGACAAGUGUGACCUUCUAGCUCAGAUUUUUUAAAAGUCAAACCAAUGUUAACCAAUCACUUUAAAGUUAUUCCUGUACAAUCGGGAAGUAUUUUCAUAAGACUUUUCUUGACUAAUAUUGUCUUUGAAGUGAUGCUUGAAAAGAUGCAAAAUAGACUUCGAAAAAAAGAUGAGAGUAUUGUCAGUUUUGUCAAAAAGAAAUCUCUGAAAGACGCGCAAGCGUAUAGUGCAAGCGUAUUUGAAGGCAAUAAAUUGACGCAAUCUCACUCCUUCGCCACACCUCCUCGCGGAAUGGAUUUCCAUUGGUUGAGUGAUAUGAGAGAGCUAUAAAAGCGCGUUUCUAAUUGGAUAUUGAUUAAAAAAUAGGUGUGUCUUACAGAUAUAAAAUGAAGAUAAAAUUGUUCUCAGAAUACCAAUCCAUAGAGAUUUCAAGGGCAUUUUAUCUCACUGAUUUUAACGGAGCUAAAAUAUUUCAUUUUAUCUUUUUACUUUUUACUUUGGCCAAGUUGGGGGUAUUUGUUGAAUUACCAUCAUAACUUUGAAAGUUUAUGGAUCUGAUUCAUAAAACUUAUCAAAAGAGUAAUCAGUUAUCACUGAAUGUCCUGUGCGAGUUUCAGAUCACAUGACCAAGGUCAAAGGUCAAUGAACUUUGGCCAUUUUGGAGGUAAUUAUUAAAUUUCUGUCAUAACUUUCAAAGUUUGUGGAUAUAGUUUAUGAAAUGUGGACAUAGGGUAAUCAAGUAUCACUGGCAAGUCUUAGGUCGCAUGAUCAAGGUCAAAUAUCAUUUCGGGUCAGUGAGCGUAGUAUUGUAUCGUUAUAUGAAUGUUUUUUGUGAAUAAUUUUUUAUAGUAGUUUUCAAAGCCAACACUGCUGCUAUAUUAAAUCGUAUAAUGCAAGUGAGACUGCCAGAUGCACUCCACUGGUUUAAUCAUAGAGUUGGGUCGAUUUUGCAUUCAUACAAAAGUUUGGUACAUGUCUAUAAUAAAAUAUUAGUUCUGCUACAUAGCAUCGUUAUCAAGCAUGUUACAUGUAUUUAUUUUUGUGUAUGUAUGGUGAUUCCGUGUGUGAGCUGUGUAGGCAUGUGUGGGUGUCUGUGUUGUAUGAUAGUGAUGAUGUGAGUGAUAUGCAUUUAAGCGCAAGAUUAUUUAACCCUAAUAAGACGGGUGGGGGGUUUGUGACCUCGUCGCUCGCUGGCUUUUUACUUUAAGUCUGGCGCAAACUUUUGAAAUCAAAAUUGUGACCCCCAGGUACGCGGUUCCAAAAUUACGGAACAUUUUGUAAGUGCAUGCAGACCUAAAAUUGCUCAAAAAGUGAAUUUGUGUACAAAUCCAAUGUAAAUAUUGUUUUUAGCCAAAAUUCAUAAAUGUAUCAUUAAAUUUGCUAUUACUGUUUAAAAUCAAAGCCCCCUACAAUUAUCAUUG